GCAGGUCGGCACACAGCGGGAAGUUCAUAAAGCCACUGCCGUCGUUUGUUGCUGGCUCGCGCGGAGUUAGCUUCAGCUGGAGUUUCUUCUCCUCCCACUCGCGGAACUCGCUCCUCGCCCCUCGCCGCCGCUGCAGGGGAUCCAUGGCGGCGUCUGGCGUGAAGCGGCCACCGCGGCCGGCCCCGGCCUCCUCCGGCGGUAUGGUGAGGAAGCUCAUCCUAGCUCUGGCCGUGUUCUUGCCGGCGCUGGUGUACCAGCAGCUCCAGCCUCCGCCUCCGAAGAUCUGCGGCUCCCCGGGUGGCCCUCCGGUUACAGGGACAAGAACACAGCUCAAGGACGGUAGGCAUUUGGCCUACCUGGAGUCCGGCGUCCCAAAGGACCAGGCCAAGUACAAGAUCAUCUUUGUUCAUGGUUUUGACUCGUGCAGAUACGAUGCUCUCCCAAUUUCCCCGGAGCUGGCGCAAGAGCUGGGCAUUUACCAGCUGUCCUUCGAUCGGCCGGGGUACGCCGAGAGCGACCCAAACCCGGCAAGUACAGAGAAGAGCAUAGCCCUGGACGUCGAGGAGCUCGCGGACAACCUGCAGCUGGGCCCCAAGUUCUACCUCAUGGGCUUCUCCAUGGGCGGAGAGAUCAUGUGGAGCUGCCUCAAGCACAUCUCACACAGGCUCGCCGGGGUGGCCAUUCUUGGCCCCGUGGGCAACUACUGGUGGUCCGGCUUGCCGUCGAACGUGUCGUGGCACGCCUGGAACCAGCAGCUCCCGCAGGACAAGUGGGCGGUCUGGGUCUCCCACCACCUGCCGUGGCUCACCUACUGGUGGAACUCCCAGAAGCUCUUCCCUGCCUCCAGCGUCAUCGCCUACAACCCGGCCCUCCUCUCUGAGGAAGACAAGCUCAUCAUGCCCAAAUUCGCCUUCCGAACCUACAUGCCGCAGAUAAGGCAGCAGGGGGAGUACAGCUGCCUGCACCGCGACAUGACGGUCGGAUUCGGGAAGUGGAGCUGGAGCCCGCUGGAGCUCGAGGACCCGUUCGCCGGCGGCAAAGGGAAGGUGCACCUGUGGCACGGCGCCGAGGACCUGAUCGUGCCGGUCAGCCUGUCCAGGUACCUAAGCGAGAAGCUGCCCUGGGUCGUCUACCACGAGCUCCCCAAGUCCGGCCACAUGUUCCCGCUCGCCGACGGGAUGGCCGAUACCAUCGUCAAGUCGCUGCUGCUCGGCGAUCAGCCACCUCAGGCCUGAUCCUGAUUCGAACUCUGGUCCUCCCCGUUCACCAAUGUGGAGUGCGUUUCUUGGUGCUUCGUUAAGUACAUAUUGCUGGCAUUGACAGCGUAGUUAAUCGGCCGGUCGUCAGUAAAAGAAAAGCAGUUCGUUGAUUAUACUGUUGUGGUUGUAUCUUCACUGAAUUUUUCAUCCGAUAUCUGGAUAGUUUAUCAACGUCUUGUUUUCCUAUUGGCUCACCUGAA